AUGCUUUGUUUUUUGCUGAGUUGCUUUGCUCCCUUGGUCUUCUUCGGAGUUGAUUGCAGCUGGAAAGCAGAGGCCGCAUUCUCAAAGAACGACGCGAAAGGGAAUGCGUUUCCCACCAUGGGCGUAGGGUCAGCCCGGCCCCUAGUGGGGUCCCCUGAACCGGGACCCGGCCUUCUGGAUCUCCUCGAGGACGGUUUCCACGCCCUCUUUUUCCGUUAUUUUUAUCUCAAUGAACUCCCGUCUCUUCGACUCGUUUGCAAGGCAUUCCGAAGAUGCCUUGGACCCGAACAGGCGACAGCAUCGCUCCGUCAAAUGAGAGGUCUUGUCUUUCCUGCGGACUGGCCAGCAAGGAGCCUCUCGGAAGGUCCCAACACGUCCGAUCCUUCCCCAAGAAUUAAAGACAGAGUCAACUCGGUUCUGUCACCUGGCGCGUCCCCGUCUGCUUCAGGACCCGAAACAGAGUUUGCUUCAACUGAGUUGGCGGAGGCACCUUCCAGUUCUUCUGUAGAGGGGACAGUGGAUGGCUUGCCUGGGGUUGCGACGCCGAGAGCCUUCAAUCUAUUCGGGCAUUUCGUAUCUCUUCAACCGCCGCCCCCUCUUCUUUCCGAGUUGUCGUUGUAUUGGGACCAGAGUGUCCACUCAACAGAAGUCAUGAUUCCUCUCUUCAGCAAGCUUCUCCUCGUGUCGGAAUCGAUCCACAGUCUCUCAGUGCAGACGCGAACAGCCGCCUGGUCAGCGCCAGCAAACCUUCAGGGGAUCGUUAAGACCUUUCCCCGUGUAAAACGGCUCCGUAUUCACCACAGUUUUCUUCGUCGAACGGGACCGAAUGAUACGCUGUACGGGAACCUGGUUGUCCCUCCCGGCGCAUACCGGCGGACCCCCUAUCUCCUGCGGCACCGGGGGGAGUUUGAAAGGAUGCUACAGCCCCGGCCUCAGCUUCUCUCCAACUGCCGCUUCCCCGCUUGCGAGGACCUGGAGUACUACGAGCUGUGCGAAAAUGAACUCACACCCGGUCUCGAACUCAUGCCGUUUAUUCGUCGUCGGGAGCUCUGCACGAUCGUUCACCUCCUGUCUGUAAUGGCUCCCGUUGUCCGGAAAGCGACCAUCACACUUUGUUGCUUCAAAUCGUUGCCGUUUGCACUACAGGGUAUCUUAGAUAGCGCGGCCUAUGGACAAACGGACAUGACAACUCGGGAUAUCUCUGCUUCACCCUCUGUCCAUUCCUCGACAUUCCGAGCUCCAGAGAAUUCAAAAUUUCCUGGCAGCUCUCUAGAAGAGCUUACAGUGAUUCAGAGUCUUCCGGAAAGGUGUGUGGAUGAUGCCGACGUGGACGAUACGGAGCUCGAAGCGGCCUUCCCAGGUGUACAUACAGCCGGCCACAGAGGGGCGCCUGGGGAGUCGUCGCGCGACCGGCAAUUCCGGAAGGUUUUAGGGAGCUUGGCAACCCUUCGUCUAGUUCUCCAAGACGACGACAUGAAGGACGUUUUCGAUUCGACCGUUUGGCCCAUCGUGCGACACCUAUGUCCUGCUGUCCGGCCUCUGUACGAAGGCACAGCGAGUUUGCCGCUGGAAAUCGCUGGUCGUGCGCUUCGUCUCCGCCUUCCCUCGGAUCACCGCCCCCAUCUGUCCAAGAGAGGCCAUGCCUCUCGCAGAGAUCAGCAUGGCAGGGACCGGUAUCCAGAGAGGAGAGUUGAACCGAUUGAAGACGCGAGUUUGGAAAUCGAACGUUUCGACGCCAACCUCGAUGGCGUCUCCAGUGGCGUAGUUGAAAUGUUGCGGGACUGGAUAACACGACCAGAAUGGAUGGAGGUUGGUGUGUGGAAACAUAUUAUAGAACGGCCGCCUCGGUUACAAUUUGUCUGUAGCUGGUGGCAUGCCGACGUGGUGGCUGCAUGCGCCGAGGCACUGGGUUUCCUCAAAAACGCAGAACGCAGUGCCGCAAGCGAGAAUCAGCCGUGCCGUGAGGCUUCCAGCAGCAGCCGGGGAGCGGCGGGUGGCCAAGGAAGAGUCGAGGGAGACGCAGGGACGCAAGCCUCUGAGGAAGAAUCGGCCUCUGUUCUUCCGAGGACGGGAAGUUCGCGCACCUUUGUGUUACCAACCGUCGCAGUGAAACGCAUGAUGUGGGACUACGACGCACGCCCUUUCGAAGGCCUGAUUGCAUCUCUACCACACUUCGUCUUGGCAGUUGACUCGCAUAGUGCAACACCACACUUUCGUAGGGGGGGACCUUUACCGAAUCUGCUAGGACUGCAGAUUGAUCUUUGCCACUGGGGCAAGAUUCGCCUCUGUCGACAGCAUAUCCAUGUGGCGAAAACCCACGCACUUCAAACCCGGUUCCUCCGCCUGCUAGACUCGAACCGCCUAGAGUAUAAACUCAUCGAUUCUGCCACAAAACAAUCCGUAGACGCGUAUAUUCAGGAUCUGCUGAAGGCCUGUCCACACACAGAGGUCAUUGAAUAUCGUCGUCUUUCCCUCGAAUACACGUGGCAGAUGGAGACGGGAGUGUCAGGUGAUACACCGCCAUUCUCUGUCGAAAAACUAUGCAACCAGGGUUUUCAUGUCGUGAAGACAAUGCACAUUCCUUCCUGUGGGGGAAAUCACCUGCCUAGUAGUUUCAAUUCCUCCAUAAUUAGCAUUUUGUUUGUUCGGAGGAAGAAGAGCGCCUUCGCAACCGCCCAAAGCUCGGCACUUUGA